AUGCCUGUCUUCCACACGAAGACCAUCGCGAGCAUCCUAGAGCCGGUCUCUAAUCAGGUCGAGCGACUGGUCAUUCUCCACGAAGAGGCCGAAGAUGGAAACGCUAUGCCGAAUCUCUCAAGGCCGGUGCAGGCGGUGUCCCGUGCUGUCGCCAACCUCGUUAAAGUCGGACGCGAGACCAUCAACUCCUCAGACGACAUCAUCCUACGGCAAGAUAUGCCGCAAUCCUUGCAGCGAGUCGAACGUUCUUCUAAAUUGCUUGAGGAAGCUUGCGAGAUGCUUCUCAGAGAUCCAUACUCUCAGCCUGCUCGAAAGAAGCUCAUUGAAGGCUCGCGAGGAAUACUUCAAGGAACGUCGUCCUUGCUUCUUUGCUUCGACGAAUCCGAAGUGCGUAAAAUUGUCAAGGAGUGCCGAAAGGUUCUGGAGUAUCUCGCGGUUGCUGAAGUGAUCGAAUCCAUCGAGGAUCUCGUCCAGUUCGUCAAGGACAUGUCGCCGUGUCUUGCCAAAGUGUCGAAAGACGUCGAUGGACGUCAACAAGAACUCACUCAUCAGGUUCAUCGCGACAUCCUCAUUCGGUGCCUGGACUCUGUGAAAAUGCUCGCCCCCGUCCUGGUUUGCUCGAUGAAAAUCUAUGUCCAGAUCCAGGCUCAGGGCGGGAAAGGCGUCGAAGAAGCUGCCGAGAACCGAAAUUACCUCACGCACCGUAUGUCGGAAGAAAUCAAUGAGAUCAUCCGCGUUUUGCAGCUGACGACCUACGACGAAGACGAAUGGGAGAGCGAUAAUCUUACCGGGAUGAAAAGACUUCAGAACGCCAUACAGGGUCGCAUUCAGUACGCCCACGACUGGCUCGAAGACCCCACAGCGAUGCCGGGUGGAGUCGGUGAGAAGUCCAUCCGUUACAUUCUGGACUACGCUCGUCGAAUCGCCGAGCGCGCGCUCCCAGCCGACCGCAAUGCGAUUCUGAAAGCUUGCGGCGACAUCGAGUCGAUGCUAAACGCGUUAUGCGAACUUCGCACCAGCGGACAAGGUAACAGCCCGCAAGCAGUUGGGCUCGCGCGGAACAUCGGGAUCAAGCUCCGGGAAUUGAACUCAUUGAUCAAUCAGGCGAUCCUGAACGUCGAAAGGGGCGGCCUGCGUGGGUCGCAGAAUAUUGCCGCGAAAAUCGAGCAAGCUCUCGCUUGGUGCUACAACCCUAGUCUCGACGAUGCUGGAAAUGGCGAGCGCGCCAUACGCGCCCUGCUUGAAGAAGGAAGACGCAUUGCCGAAACGAUGCCGCCAGCGGAACGUGCCGCGAUCCACUCAUUGUGCAACGAGAUUGAGAACAUGACAAAUCAGCUGAAGGACCUCUGCAGAAAGGGCUUGGGUCACACUCCCGAGGCGCAGAAUCUCGGCCGACUAUUGGCUGGCAGACUGAACGAUCUUCGCGGCCGAAUUCAGAAAGGUCUCGUCGACCGCGUCGUCGACGACUUCAUCGAUGUUCACACGCCUCUGAAACAGUUUGUCGAGGCGGUCCACGCGCCCGAGAGCAUGCCCGGAAGAGAAGCCAACUUCCAGGACAAAGCUCGCCGCCUCGGCGAUUUUUCGAGGAAAACUGCGAGAACUGCCAGAAACGUCGCCAUGGGCGCUACCAACAACAAGCGUCUCGCCGAGGCCUUGAUGAACACCGCCAACAACGUCGAGUCUUUGACGCCUCAGUUGAUCAGCGCUGGAAAGAUCCGUAUGACGUAUCCCGACAACGUCGCUGCUGAUGAUCAUUUCGAGAACUUGAGAGGCCAAUACGAAGAUCAAGUCAAUCGUAUGAGGAACCUGGCCGACGAGGCCACCGAUAUCAGCGCGUUCGUGCGCGCGACAGAAGAAGCGAUCAAAAGGCACACCGACAUGUGCGAAGACUCGAUUUCCCGCCAAAAACCGCAAGACAUGGUUGAUAACUCAUCGGCGAUCGCUCGCUUGGGCAAUCGCGUUUUGAUGCGAUGCAAACAAGAAUGCGAUAACUCUGAAGAUCCCCAUUAUGUUGCCAAACUGCUCCAAGCUUCCACGCAGCUCGAAAAUGCGAUCGCACCCAUGAUUCAAAACGCCAAGCAAGUGGCGCAGCGAAUCCAUGAUCCUGAUGCAGCUUCCAGAUGGAGAACGGCGAACAAUGGCCUGCUGAAGGCCGUCCAGGGUGUCCGCAACGCUGUCUCCCCGUUCGACGAUCAGAUGAACAAUCUCACCCUAAACGACUAUGCUCCUCCCCGUCCUCCGCCGCCGGCUGGAGACCGCGUACCUCCCCGACCACCCCCACCCGAGUACGAAGACGAUGAUUCUUUCCCGGUGCCACAACCGAAUCAACCGAUUCUCGCCGCUGCCCACGGGUUGCACCAGGAGGUCAGGCAGUGGUCGUCCAAGGACAACGAGAUCAUCGCCGCUGCCAAAAGGAUGGCUCUGCUCAUGGCCCGGCUGUCGCAGCUCGUUCGCGGUGAGGGAGGAUCUAAGAAAGAAUUGAUCGCUUGCGCGAAGGCCAUCGCCGAAGCGUCCGAAGAAGUCACGAGACUCGCUAAGGAACAUGCCCGUCUCUGCACGGACCGCAGAAUGCGAACGGCCAUCUUGCAAGUCUGCGAAAGGAUUCCCACCAUUGGAGGACAGCUCAAAAUCCUAUCGACCGUCAAGGCUACCAUGCUCGGCGCUCAGGGCUCCGACGAAGACCGCGAGGCUACCGAAAUGCUUGUCGGUAACGCCCAGAACCUCAUGCAGUCUGUUAAGGAGACCGUGAGAGCCUGCGAGGCAGCUUCAAUCAAGAUCCGGACGGACGCCGGAAUGAAACUUCGUUGGGUACGCAAGAACCCGUGGUACGCGUGAACGGACUCGUCGAAAAUCCAGGUCUGAGGCCUAGAUUCCGAGUUCCAGGCUCUUCCCGUAAAACUGCUACUCAUGAUCGGCGACCUCUUCUAUUGCUGCUACUACAAAUCAUACAGUCUAGGUAGGAGACUAUGAAAACUGCUCGCGAUCGGACCCGAUGGGGCCAACUCUG